AUGCUCUACCUCACGCACGGCUCGUGGUCCCUGCUCUGGCCCGUACAGCUGCUCUGCCUGCGCAUCCAGCAAUACAACGUGCCCUGGGCCACGUUUUGGCGCCGCCAUGUCGGCCUGCUCCGCAGCACCUCCAUCAUGGUGCAGACCCAAGACCUCGACUGGUCACGCCCGUCGGCCGUCCCGCGGCCCUCGGCACUGGCCUAUCUCGUGCGCACCACCGUCUUUGUGACCAUGGCGCUGACCGUGGCCGGCCUCUCGUGGUACGUCGCCGUCGAUCUGACGACGCCUUCCGAUCUGACGGCCAUCUACAACUGCUCGGCGUUUUUCGCCUACGUUUUUUCGGUGCCGCUUCUCAAGGAGCCCCUGCGUCUCGACAAGUCGAUUGCCGUCAUCGUGGCCAUCAUCGGCGUGCUCGUCGUCGCGUACGGCGACCAAAAGGCACCCGAGGCCGGCGCCGACGAUGGCGGCGCCGCGGCCACCAAGGCCGCCGGCGAGCGGUUCCUCGGCAACAUGGUCAUCGGCGUGGGGUCCGUGCUCUACGGCCUCUACGAGGUGCUCUACAAGCGGUGGGCGUGCCCGCCCGAGGGCUGCGCGCCGCUGCGCGGCGUCGUCUUCGCCAACACGUUCGGCUCGUGCAUCGGCCUCUUCACCCUCUGCGUGCUCUGGGUGCCGCUGCCGCUGCUCCACUGGACGGGGCUCGAGACGUUCGCGCUGCCGACGGGCCACACGGCGUGGAUGCUCUUCUUCUCCGUCAUUGCCAACGCCACGUUUGCCGGCUCGUUCCUCGUGCUCAUCAGCCUGACGAGCCCCGUGCUGUCAAGCGUCGCGUCGCUGCUGACCAUCUUCCUCGUCGCCCUCACCGACUGGAUGGUCACGGGGGAGCCGCUCAGCGGCGCCGCCAUGCUCGGCGGCUUCAUGAUCAUGAUUGCGUUUGGCAUGCUCAGCUGGAGCACGUGGCGCGAGAUGGCCGAGCACGAGGGCCACAAGCCUGUCGAUAUGACGGACAGCGGCGACGACAGCGACAUGGAGCGCGAGGACUAG